AUGAAUCAACAAGGUCCAUCACGAAUGAAACGAACGCAAAACAUGAAGGCUAAACAACCACUUGUAAUUACUGUACCGCGUGGCUUAUUACGACGUUCAUUGCAAGAAGUUAUUCCAAGCAAAAAUCUACGUAUUGGUUUUGUUAUCAGUGGAAGUGAAAUUAAAUUUCUUUCACCAACUGAAAAGUGGGAUUUUGAUUUGUCAUCUAUACAACAUCUUCCGCAUUCCCAUUAUGCAGGUUUUCGUAAUUUGCGCUCUCCAAGUCCGCCCAUUCGGCAUUGUUACGAAUUUCCAACACACGGUGAAUAUAAUGCAUCGCAACUACCGACGUGUCCACCGGAACAUGGCCGUCCUUUGCCUGCACCACUGUCGCCGAGAUAUCGAAUAAAUCCGUUCCGUGGUUCACCACCUAAUCGUAUUUAUGUUCCAGUUGAUAGGCAAUUACCACAGGAUCGAAAAUUUGUAUCUAAAUUAGCAAAACGUCGUGGCGUUAUCAUUAAUCCGUUAAGCGGUAAACUGACAAUUGUCAAACGACGAACUCAUUCAUAA